AUGGAAAUAAUGGAAGGAACAUUAUUAAUGACAAUGAAUACACCGCAUAAGCAAGGCGCAUUCGAUAUGGAUGAUAAGGCAGUUUUAAGAUCAAUUCUGGUGAUCAUUAUCAUUGCAGCCAUAAUUUUUGUUUGGCUUGUUUUCAAAUUCUAUAGACAUGGUAAGAAUCAUUCGAGAGUACGAAGGUACGACCUGUUAUCAGCUAAACAGUUAAUGCCUGAUUUAAUCACAAACUCAGAUGAAAGUGAAGAUGAAGUAUUUGGUACCCUUGCAAUGCGAGAAUCAACUAGGCAGAUUCGUUCAGAUAUAACAACAUGA